UCCCUCUACCUUCAACACCCACCACAACAAUGGCCACCAUAGUUCUCUAUCCAUCCCCAGGUAUGGGCCACCUCGUAUCAAUGGUGGAGCUCGGAAAACUCAUCCUCAACCACCAUCCUUCCUUCUCUGUCGUCCUCCUCACCCUCAUCCCUUCCUUCAACCCCGCCUCCACCGCCUCCUAUGUCCGCCACAUCUCUCACACCUUCCCUGCCAUCACCUUCCACCACCUUCCCGAUAUCCCACUCGAUACCGACCUUUACCCCACCAUGGGAGCCGCUAUGUUCGAGCUUUUCCGACGUAGCGCCACCAACAUCGAACACGCCCUCCAAUCAAUCUCUCUCUCCUCUCAUAUUACCGUCUUCAUCAUCGACCUUUUUUGCACGCCUGCCAUGACUGCCGCAGCUAACUUAAACAUCCCUGUUUACUACUUCUUCACUUCCGGUGCAUGUUGCCUCGCCCAAUUCCUCUACUUUCCGACGAUGCACAGAACCACCACCGCAAGUUUUAGAGAUAUGAACACGCUCAUCCAUUCACCGGGUUUGCCACCUAUACCGUCGUCGGAGCUGCCAAGCCCACUUCUUGAUAGAACCUCUGCCGUUUAUUCGGACUUGCUUGUAUUCUGUGAGCAAUUGCCCAAAUCAGCUGGGAUCAUCGUAAACACAUUUGAUUCGCUGGAACCAAAAGCGAUCAAAGCAAUUACCGAUGGUUUAUGUGUCCCAGAUCAACCUACGCCACCGAUUUAUACCAUCGGACCAUUAAUAGCUGCCGGUGGGGAUGGUUCGCACGAGUGCUUGAACUGGCUCGAUUUGCAACCGAGUCAAAGCGUUGUUUAUUUAUGUUUUGGGAGUUUGGGUUUGUUUUCAAGCCAUCAGUUGAAAGAGAUUGCCACUGGUCUGGAGAAGAGUGGGCAGAGGUUUCUAUGGGUGGUAAGAACUCCACCGUCCAAUAACAAAAUGGACCGGUUUCAGCCACCACCGGAGCCAGACUUGGAUUUGCUGUUGCCGGAAGGUUUCUUGGAUCGUACAAGAGAUAGAGGGCUGGUGGUGAAGACAUGGGCGCCACAGGUGGCGGUGCUCAACAAAGACUCGGUGGGUGGGUUUGUGACUCACUGCGGGUGGAACUCUGUGUUAGAAGCAGUAAUUGCCGGCGUUCCGAUGGUGGCUUGGCCGCUUUAUGCAGAACAAAGAUUCAACAAAGUGGUGAUGGUGGAGGACAUGAAGGUGGCUCUGCCGAUGGAGGAGUUAGACGGCGGGAUGGUGGCGGCGAUGGAGGUAGAGAAGAGGGUUAGACAGGUGAUCGAAGAUAAAAGUCUUAGGGAUGCGGCAAAGGCAAGGAAAGAGGAGGCUGCAAUGGCAAUGAGUGAUGGUGGAUCUUCUGGUGUGGCAUUGACCAAGUUUCUUGCAUCAUGUGGUCAAAUCUAACUUAUCGUGGUCAACUCAUGUAAAAGACUUCCGGGCUAUUCGACAUGUAUGGCUUAUUCGUUAAACUAUGUAAACAAAAUUCAAACAUAAAAAAAAGUCUGGGUUUCAUUAUAGUUACAUUUUUUCUCUUUCUUGACUGUCACGUUACGAAAAUUUAAAUGGUUGAUAAAAAAAGUCAUCUU